AUGAGCUCUCUGUCUCCCAACACCAAGUACACGUUUAGUGUUUGUGCCCUGGGUCCAAGAGGUGCAGUCAGUUCUUGCUCUAGCGUUAUUGCUCAGACUGCGGACGGUCAGGAUCAUGCUCCUCGAGGCCUAACGGUGGCUGUGCUGGGAUGCCACGAGCUUCACGUUAGCUGGUCGGCUCCGGCGGUACCACAUGGUCACCUUUUUACAUACGAGCUGCUUCUAAAUGAACACGUGGUGUACCAGGGCACAGGGUGCAAGCAUACGGCCCGGCAUCUUAAUGCCAACACAUCAUACACCUGCACUGUUACAGCUGUUACCUCCAGAGGAAGCUUCCAGAGCUGGCCAGUCACCAAACGCACAGCUAAGAAGGAAUAUGUGAAGACGAACAGGCACGCCUACUCCACAAAGCAUCAGCAUUUAGCACUUCCUCCAAUAAGAGAAGUAAGUGAGGUCAAAACUAAAUCCAGGAAGUCAUUUUCCCCGUACAGACAACUACCUGAAGUCCAGCUGACCACUUGCCAUGAUACAAUAUUCAGUCACAGAAAAAACAAGCAACUGAAGUCAUGGAAAUAUGCUGAAAAAAAAUCCAAUGUGAACAUUUCUCCUAUGAACUCAGAACGCACGGCUCGGCCCCAGCACCGGUCACCAGACCUAAUACAAACUAGACCAAAGAUUAGCCAAGCCACGUUGCUACAAUGGGAAGCUGACAGAAGAGUUUUAGAUAAAGUCAGGCCUCAUCGCAUCAGUUCACAGAUAGCUGGGAAGGUGAGACCUCUCCAGCCAGUGUCUUAUAACUGGUCUGAUCUAGACCAGACAAAAGACCAUCACAGAAACAGGUGUAAGAAGGGUUCACGAAUGCACAAUUCAUUAAAAGGAAGACACUACAUUACAUCCAACUGGACAAAGGUUUAGCUGAGACUGACCGCUUCACCGUGUGGAACCAGCUGUUUUAAAUGAGCAUUUUGUGUUUGCAAUGUUGUCACAACACCUAGUUUAUAGUGGAGCUGGAUAUGUACUAGAUAUAAAUAACCACAUACUAACUCUUGUUCUCCCAGUAGAGAAUAUUGUAUGAUUGUUGACAGAUGAAAA